GGCCGGAAGUGGGUUCCGAGGCGCGUCCGUGGCGCUUGCCAUCGGGGGGAUUGCUGUGACUCCGGGCCGGAGCUCCUGUCGCCUGGUCCUUCUGUUCCCGCUCUUCCCUGGACCGAAGUGAUGGAGGACCCCAAGGAACCCGGAGCCGAGGCUUCGCCGGCGGGCGCCACUGCUCGAGGAGGGCUCAGCCUCCUGUCCCGAGCGGAGUCCGAGGAACCUUCCGCGCAGGGAUCAGCUUUAUUUCUUGGAGGCAGUGAAGUGAAGAGCCGAGCUGUGGUGAAGUACUCUUCCGCCCCUCCUCGAACAGCCUUUGCACGCCUUGAAGAAAAAACAGACUUGAAACUCCCACCUGCCAACUGGCUGCGAGAGAGUGCCAAGCUAGGGCCAGCAGGAGCUACCACUCUGGGUAAUAGUAAGAAAAGCAAGCCAUUUUCAAGUUUUGGCAUGGCAUAUGACUUCAUUGAUUCAGUGGGAAAUGAUGUGGAUGUUGUCUCUGACUCGGAAAACAUAAAAAAGCUGCUGAAGAUUCCGUAUAGCAAGUCCCAUGUGAGCAUGGCUGUCCACCGCAUAGGAAGGACCCUUUUGCUGGAUGAGCUGGAUAUUCAAGAGCUCUUCAUGAGGUCAUCACAGACUGGUGAUUGGACAUGGUUGAAAGAAUUUUAUCAAAGAUUGAUAGAUCAGAAGUGGCAGAGGAAGAAGAAAAGUAAAGAGCACUGGUAUCAAAAGGCUAUUCUUUCCAAGUUUCUGUAUUACAGCAUCAAUGGUGAUGGGGCCGCUCAGCCCGUCCCAUCUGCUGCAGAAGAGCAGGAAUCACCCACUUCCAGUCAGACACAUGAUUCUGAAGGGGCUUCCUGGCCUGCUCCCUUUGAAAUGCCUGCUUCAGUUUCUGAAGAUCCCAGCGCCUCCAGUCAGGGCAGUGAGCCUCUUGAGCCCUCAUGCAUAGUGGGGCAUGUGGCCUCAGCACCCAAAGAACAAAACCUGACUACUUUGUUCAAUGACGGGGAGAACAGUCAGGGUCUUAAAAAUGAUUUUGUUCGGAAUAUUUUAUGGACUUUUGAAGAUAUACACAUGUUGGUUGGCUCUAACAUGCCUAUAUUUGGAGGAGGCAGAUACCCAGCCGUCAGCUUACGUCUCAGGGAUAACAACAAACCAAUUAAUGUGCUAACUGGAAUUGACUAUUGGUUGGACAACUUGAUAUGCAACGUGCCAGAACUUGUGAUGUGCUUCCACGUAAAUGGAAUUGUGCAGAAAUACGAAAUGAUCAAGACAGAAGAGAUUCCCAAUUUGGAAAACUCUAAUUUUUCUACUAAAGUCAUAAAAGACAUUGCACAGAAUAUCUUGUCAUUUCUAAAAUCUAAUUGUACCAAAGAAGGGCAUACCUACUGGCUCUUUAAAGCAAGCGGCAGUGAUAUAGUGAAGCUGUACGACCUCACUACUCUGUGCGAAGAAACAGAAGACAAAUACCAGAACCCAUUCACAAUGCCAGUGGCCAUUCUCUUAUAUAAGGUUGCAUGUAACAUGAUGAUGAAGAAGAGUCAAAAUAAGAAGCAUUACGGGACUGUUAGGACCUUGCUGCUUAACUGCGUUAAGUUGCUGGACAAAGGCAGACACCCUCAAAUUAUUGCUUCAGCCAAUUACAUGCUUUCAGAGCUUUUUCAAUUGGAUGAGCCUAAAAAGGAGGAAAGUUCUGAAUCUCCUUUGAAUGAGAAUUCUGAUGAAAGCUACAGUGAGGAAGAGGAGGAGAUGCCUGACAGUGAUGAGAAUGGCUCCUACGGCCCCAGCUGCGACCCGUCAGAGGACAACACAGCAGUAGCUGUCAUCAAGUCUGUGGGAGAGCUGUCUGUUCCGGAAAAGUACAAGUCCAUCCAUCAGAUACGACCCAGCUGUGCAUUUCCCGUUUGCCAUGACACUGAAGAGCGCUGCAGACUUGUGCUUGGCUAUGUUUUGGAGGGUUUAAAAUCUGUAGAUAGCAGCAUCAAAAAAGAAAGUGACCUUCCGGCAGCUGAUCCCAGCACCCCAAUCCCCUUAAAAUAUGAAGAUGAGUCCUCGAGGGGAGGUCCUGAGGGGCUAGAGAAGCAGAUGGCCUUGUUUUUGGACAAAAUGGGCGCCCUUCAGAAGGGAAAUGGUUGUAGCCAAUCUGGAAUGACUCCUGGUUCUUGGCAACAUAAAAUGAAACUUCAGCUAAUUCUCAAGUCAUCGAAGGCCUACUAUAUUUUGUCUGAUGCUGCUAUGAGUCUUCAGAAGUAUGGGAGAGCAUUGCGAUACAUUAAGCUAGCUCUGCAGAGCCACGAUACUUACUGCUGUCUCUGCACCAAUAUGCUUUCUGAAGUACUACUCUUUCUUUCUCAAUACCUGACGCUGUGUGGUGACAUUCAGCUCAUGCUGGCUCAGAAUGCAAAUAACAGAGCAGCGCACCUUGAAGAGUUUAACUACCAAACAAAAGAAGACCAGGAGAUCCUGCACAGUCUCCACAGAGAGUCUAGCUGUCAGGGGUUUGCAUGGGCAACUGAUUUGUCUACAGACUUAGAAAGUCAACUUUCAGUAAGUUGUAAAUGUUAUGAGGCUGCUAAUGAGAUCUUACAAUUCAGUGACUUAAAAAGUCAGAAUCCAGAACACUAUGUACAAGUACUAAAGAGAAUGGGAAACAUCAGAAAUGAAAUCGGUGUGUUUUAUAUGAAUCAAGCUGCUGCGUUACAGAGUGAAAGAGUAGUGAGCAAAUCUGUGUCUGCUGCAGAGCAACAAUUAUGGAAAAAAAGCUUUUCUUGUUUUGAAAAGGGAAUUCACAACUUUGAGUCGAUUGAUGAUGUUACGAAUACUGCCCUUCUGUUGUGCAACACGGGAAGGCUCAUGCGGAUCUGUGCACAGGCACACUGUGGCGCUGAGGAUGAGUGUAAGCGUGAAUUCUCACCAGAAGAAGGCUUAUAUUAUAACAAGGCUGUUGAUUACUACUUGAAAGCUCUGAGGUCAUUGGGAACUCGGGACAUUCACCCAGUUGUUUGGGAUUCAGUGAAUUGGGAAUUGUCCACCACAUAUUUCACCAUGGCAACUCUACAGCAAGAUUACGCUCCAUUGUCCAGAAAAGCUCAGGAGCAGAUUGAAAAGGAAGUCAGUGAGGCUAUGAUGAAGUCCCUGAAAUACUGUGACGUUGACUCGGUUUGUGCUCGACAGCCCCUUUGUCAGUACCGAGCUGCCACCAUCCAUCACAGGCUGGCUUCCAUGUACCACAGCUGUCUUAGAAACCAGGUUGGUGAUGAGCAUCUGAGGAAGCAACACCGGGUGCUGGCAGAUCUUCACUACGGCAAAGCUGCAAAGCUGUUUCAGCUUCUCAGAGAUGCUCCCUGUGAGCUGCUCAGAGUACAGUUAGAGAGAGUAGCAUUUGCGGAAUUUCAGAUGACCGGUCAGAAUAGCAAUGUUGGAAAGUUAAAAACACUCUCUGGGGCUCUUGAUAUCAUGAUGAGAACUGAGCAUGCAUUCCAGCUCAUCCGGAAGGAACUCAUAGAGGAAUGUGACCCGCCUAAGGGUGAUGAGGCUGCUCCAGCUGCUGACUCUUCACUGAAUCUUAACCGAGAAGAAGUGAUCAAACUCCUCAGUAUAUUUGAAUCUCGACUGUCGUUCCUUCUCCUGCACUCCAUCAAACUGCUGUCUUCAUCUAAAAAGAAAGCAAGCAGUAACACUGAAGAAGAUGCGGUCCUUAAAGCCAACAAGCACGUCUACUCCCAGCUACUGAGAGCUACUGCGAACCGAAGGGCAACUCUUGUGGAAAGGAUUGAUGUCAUCACCCAUUUGCUGGAGCAGCUGGCGUGUGGGGACAGUGGAGCAAGUGGCAGUGCCAUCCAGUGACCUGGACAGUGGCGUCUGCAGACUUGCUGUCAGUGCCUUCCCAGCCUGGAGCUGCUCUGUCACUUGGUGCUCACUUGGUCUCAUUAAACAUGAGGAAAUGCAUUUAAACAGGCCCCGCCCAUGGUGGGAGUGACAUGCCGGGCAGGCGGGGUGUGUGGUUCUUUGACCUCUUCCUUUGAAGUGCAGAAGCCAGAAUGGAACCGAGGGCUUCCCUGUGGACUGCUGGAGAAGCUCAUGUUCUCUCAGCUCCCAGACUGUGAUAGUUAACACUUUCACGUAUUUUUGAAGUAUGUUCAACUACAUGGGUUUAAGAUGAGACUAUUUUGGAUAAAUGUUACUUUGGUUAAGUGAGCUUUUAUCCAAUUGAUUUUAUGGGUUCAACAGAAACAGCACAUCAAUAAUGUUUAUUUCUAAAUUGCACACAAAGUGUACCCACUGUACGCUGAGAUGUGAGAUGCUCUGAGGAAUGGUUGCAGUUCUCUGUAAGGAUGUGUGUUCUGAAGGGUUCACUUUGACUUUGUAUAGCAUUGGUAAAGUAGGUACUACUCCCUUUUUCAUUCUAGAUCUGCAACUGUGAAUAAGGUAAGAACUAUUUUGAAUAAAUAAGCUAUUUAUUUACAA